UUAAAUAGAGCUGCAGGAAUGCAGAACGAUGAGAGUGAUCAGCCAACACAAGAAGAAACAUGAAACCCAAAACCCAAUAUCCACUCAACCUUAAGCUCCUCAUCUUUGGUUUCUUGCUUGCCUUCCUUCUCAUCCUCUUCAUACUAAGAACAAACUUCUCAUCAUCAUCCAAACCAUCAACAAUCAACAAGGAAGAAGCCCAAUAUUCCACAAAUUCUUGCCCACCUCAAGAUCUCUCCACAUCAACUUGCACCAAAAUCCCAUCUUCCCUAGUUCAAGCACUCCUCCAUUACUCAACAUCAAACAUUACUCCACAGCAAACACUGAAAGAGAUCUCUGUUACAUCCAGAAUACUAGAGAAGAAAUCCCCUUGCAACUUCCUAGUCUUUGGUUUAGGCCAUGACAGCCUCAUGUGGAGUUCACUCAAUCAUGGUGGAAGAACAGUUUUUCUUGAGGAAGAUAGAUCAUGGAUUCAACAAAUCAAACAGAGAUUCACAAUGUUAGAAUCAUACCAUGUCUUCUACGAUAGCCGGGUUCGAGAUGCAGAUGAUCUGAUGGAGAUUGGGAAGGGAGAGGAAUGCAAAGUGGUAGGGGAUGUAAGGAAUUCUAAGUGUCAACUUGCAUUGAAGGGAUUACCUGCUAAGGUGUAUGAUAUAGAAUGGGAUUUGAUAAUGGUGGAUGCACCAACUGGUUAUUUUGAAGAUGCACCAGGGAGGAUGAGUGCCAUUUAUACUGCUGGAUUGAUGGGAAGGAAUAGGAAAGAUGGAGAAACUGAUGUGUUUGUGCAUGAUGUGAAUAGGGUUGUAGAGGACCAGUUCUCUAAGGCCUUUUUGUGUGAAGGGUACAUGAAGGAACAAGAAGGUAGGCUAAGGCACUUCACAAUUCCAAGUCAUAGAGAUAAUGUGGAUAAGCCCUUUUGUCCUGAAAGUUAAGAGAAUUACUAUCUUUUGAUGCAUGAGAGUACUCCAUCUCUCUUCUGCCA